UUUUAAUUUGAUAUUUAAAAAAAUUUCUUGUUGUUUUCCAGCUGCAAAUGGGGUGGUGUUGGCAACUGAGAAGAAGCAGAAAUCCAUUCUGUAUGACGAAAGGAGUGUCCACAAAGUAGAACCAAUUACCAAACAUAUAGGAUUAGUGUACAGUGGAAUGGGUCCAGAUUACAGAGUACUUGUGCACAGAGCUCGGAAGCUGGCCCAGCAGUACUACUUGGUUUAUCAUGAGCCCAUUCCAACAGCUCAGCUAGUACAGAGAAUCGCUUCCGUGAUGCAGGAAUACACGCAGUCCGGUGGUGUUCGUCCUUUUGGUGUGUCACUGCUAAUAUGUGGCUGGAAUGAAGGGAGGCCGUAUUUAUUCCAGUCGGAUCCAUCUGGAGCUUACUUUGCAUGGAAGGCAACAGCGAUGGGAAAAAAUUAUGUCAAUGGGAAAACAUUCCUUGAGAAAAGAUACAAUGAAGAUUUGGAGCUCGAAGAUGCCAUUCAUACAGCUAUUUUAACACUAAAGGAGAGCUUUGAAGGGCAAAUGACAGAAGACAACAUUGAAGUUGGCAUCUGUAAUGAGGCUGGUUUUAGGAGGCUCACUCCAACUGAGGUUAAAGACUACUUGGCUGCAAUAGCCUAGUAGAAACCGAGCAAGACUGUGUGGUUCACACAAAGGUCUUUUUAAUUUUGGCUACUUAAAUGUUUUUCUUUGCAGUUUUUGCAUACUUAUUUCUACAUGGUUUGUCUGAGAGAUUUUUUAAACAUCAUGGGUGCAAAUACAACGGUCCUUAAUAUUGUAAUACUUAAAAUCUUGUUAAAGAUAAUUCUUUCCCUUGAUACACAAAAUACUGUACAAAAUGUAAAGAUAUAGUGACAGCUUGAGAAAGGCUAAAGAAUAAAAUCGGAGGCCAAUGUUCUGGGGGAAAGUG